UCCUGUUUACCCAGAGCUGGGGUGGGGCAGCUGGAUGCCCGGGUUCUCUGAACUGGGGAAGAAGUUGGGGUAGGGAGACAGGCUCUCAGGGUGGAACCAAAGAGGUCCUUAGACAUCUUCUGGCUCAGCAGACAGGGAAACUGAGGCUCAGGGAGGGAAGGUAGCUUGCAGGAAGCCAGUCAGCAGAGCUGAAAUGAGAACACAGAUCUCCAGGUUUCCAGUGUGGUUUGCAUUCUUCUAAACCCUCAAGGUAGGUGCUGAAGGAAGAGCUGAUCCCGUCUCUGAGGUCAAGGGCUGGAGUAGGACAAGGACUGGAGUCUUGAGGGAUGGAUGUCUGGGUCCUUGAGAAGAACUGAUUCCCAUACUGGGCUGACAUCCUCCCAUUCCCUUGCUCACCUCCAGCCCCUUGUGCUGAAUGAGAAAGGGAGAGGUAAGCCUUAGCCUCACCACUGACUACUGACUCACUGAGGAGGGAUGGAAAUGGAGCUUUACCUCCCUUGCUACAAAGAGUAAAGACAGAAGAACGAGGCGUACUCCCACCCUCAGAGAGCUUCGAAGUCUACAAUGAGCCCUAUCCACUGACAGCCAAGCAGCCUGUUGCAUAGAGCUGCAGAACACCAAGUGGGUCACCAGAACACCAAAUGUGCUAGAGCUCCCAGUCUGAACUGGAGUGGCAUAUGUGUGUCCACACACAUACACCAAGAUCAAGAGGUCUCAACAAAUGAAGUGUAACAAGAGGAGGAACUUGAGGCGCAUCACUAGCCCCUGAUCAUUUCACCUAAAAGAGCAAGGACUAGAGUUCCUGACCUCCAGGCCAGUCCCUGAUCCCUGACCUAAUGUGUGUUUGCAGUGAUGGUAAAACAAAUAUAUACAUCUGCGUGGCCCUGGGGUUGGGCGGGCUCCUGCUUCUGGCUGUGGUCCUUCUGUCCGCCUGCCUGUGUCAGCUGCAUCGAAGAGUGAAGAGGCUGGAGAGGAGCUGGGUCCAGGGGUCCUCAGAGCAGGAGCUCCACUAUGCGUCUCUGCAGAGGCUGCCAGUGUCCUGCAGUGAAGGACCUGACCUCAGGGACAGAGACAAGAGAGGCACCAAGGAGGAUCCCAGAGCUGACUAUGCCUGCAUUGCUGAGAAGAAACCCACAUGAGCACCCCAGAUACCUUCCUCAACCCAGGCGAGUGGACAGGGUCCCCCUGUGGUCCACCCAGUAAAGACCAUGGUCCCCCCACUUCUGUGUCUCAGUCCUCUCAAUCCAUCUCGAGCCUCCAUUCAAAAUGAUCAUCAUGAAAACUUCUGUGGCUUUUUGACCUUUGAAUAGGGAAUUUGUUUUUUAAAAAUUAAAAUUAAAAAAACACGUGGCUCACCCGUCCA